AUUAUACAUUCUUCUGCCGCUGUCUGUCUCGUCUCUGGUUCGAAUCUCCAGACGGUGCAUAAUUUUUGCACUAUUCUCUGCAAACCUUCCGUCACAGCUCCCCGGAAGAAGGAAAGAGAUGGACUUUGAUGACGAAGAAAAACAAAAAGAUGUCUCAAAGACCCGUAGAUUUGCACCUGGUCGUGCCCGAAAGCCCAAACCUGACCCAACUCCAGUGCAUCCCUCACAAACCGAUGCUCCUUCCGAGUCUGUCAGCAAGAAGAAGAAGACGUUGAUGGAGGAGGAAGAAGAAGAAGAAGACGUUGUUGUUCGUGAGAUUGACGUGUUCUACAAUCCAUCUAUUGGUGCUAACACUGAGCUUUAUGUUCUACAAUACCCUCUAAGACCGUCUUGGCGUGCAUAUGAAAUGGAUGAACGUUGCCAAGAAGUUAGAGUGAACCCUUCUACCUCCGAGGUGGAAAUUGAUUUGUCUAUGGAUGUUCACUCCACUAACUAUGACUCAAAGUCUGCAAGUGAAUUACAUAUAACUAAGCAGACCUUGACAACAACAUGGAAACCGCCUCCUAAGUUGGACUAUGCUAUUGGAGUUCUUUCAGGUGAUAAGUUACACUUGAAUCCUGUUCAUGCUGUUCCUCAGCUCCGACCGUCUAUGAAGUAUCUUUCAUCAAAAAGAAAACAAGCAGAAGCUCCUGAAGAAUCUGCCAGAACAUCAAAAAAGCAGAACAAGGUAGUACAAGCUUCUAAGGAUCAGAAACCAUUAUUACAUGAAGAAAAUUGGGUUUCACUCAAAUAUCAUGGACUUGAAUCAGAUUCUCACUCUAGAUACCUUACCAAAAUGAUGGCCAGUGAGAACUUUACAAUAGACUUCAACAUGAGCCGGGAAGCUUAUAUCAACUCAUUGUGCCGUGGGGAAAGCAGCAGAAACUCGAAAAGGUGAUGCAACUCUUUAAGGAUGGGUUUGUUUUAAUGACUUCAAAAGUUUUGAAUUAUAUGCUGAGAGAUUCAUUUUGUUAUCCAUUAGGACCGUUAUGACUCAGUAACAUUUAAGGCAACUCUAGUGAACUUGCGUUG